AUGGGCUCCAAACGAUCCUACGCCGAAGUCGAGGCAUCGGCAACAACGCGCGGUGCAGCAGCGAACAAGAGGAAGCCCUUCAAUCACCAACACAGCAGGCCUAGGGACUACAACAGCAGCAGCAGCAACGCCCCACAAAACCAAUCGCUCAACGAGAUCAAGAAGCGCGCACGAGAUAUAGAGCGAUGGUUUGCAAGAGGUGGCGACAUGCCGUCAGAUGUCCAGCGGAAUCUGGAGCUGGAGCUGGCGCACUGCAAGAGACAGGUCGAGGACCUGCAGCACAAGAAAAAGCGGAACGAGAUGAUCUCCAAGUACCACAAGGUCCGCUUCUUUGAGAGGCAAAAGGCCGAGAGGUUGAAGAAGCAGCUGAGAAAACGCCUUGACAAGGCCACCGACCCACAGGAGAAGGCUCUGCUCGAGGAGGACUUUCACAAAGCCGAGGUUGACUGGUAUUAUACAAGAUAUUUUCCCUUCAUGGAGCGCUAUAUUGGUCUCUACCCGGCAGGCAAGGCCAAGGAGGAUUCUGGCGAGGACGAGCCUAUAGCAAAGAGAGCCCUGCACUCGGAACGGCCACCCGUGUGGAAGGAGAUCGAGGAGGCUAUGGGGCAGGGACCACGCGCGUUGGAGCGGAUUCAGGAGCGGCGGCCAGAGAAGCCAGAUGCUGCUGCGGAGACGGAGGAGCAGGACUCGGGAGAGGAGAGCGACUUUUUCGGCUGAUGGAGUUGUUUCUCAUCGCAAAGGCCUUCUCUCCUUGUUGGAACAAGUAC